UAAUGAAUUAAGGAGAAGAAGAAGUCACAGAACUUUAAUAGUAUGAGAAAGUAGUAAAGUAUAUUGUUAAAAAUACACCUUUCGGAUAAGCUAAUUUAGUGAUUAAGGAUUUGUGUAAAAUCAUAGGGAAUAUUAAUCCAUAGCAUCCUAUUAUGCUAUAAGCAUUGAGGGAUCAUAAUGAGGAACAUUUAGCUUUAAUUAAAGGCUAAAACACUCAAGUAAUAGUCUAUAUUGAGUAUUUAGAUCCUUACAAGUGUACUGAAUUCUUAGGAAGACUUUUAUGUAGAUUAAAAAAACAACGAGACAAUUUAAGUGGAUCAUGAAAAAUUAGAAAUAAUAUCCAGAUCUUAAGUGGAAUUACCAUCAGAUCCAGAACUAAAUACACUAAGAGAUGCACUUGAAUAGUAACUUAAUCUUUACUUGAGCUAAUAAUUUAAUGAUAAAGUUUGUGGAGCUUAUGGUAAAAUUAAAAUGCAUUUAAUUAGUUAUGUAUCAAGGUGAUGUUACAGAUUAUACAUUCUACUUAGGAAUUACUGCAAAAACAAUCAAUUUACCAAACUUUUUGUAUAUUAAAUCCAUAAUAUUUUAGCUGUGGAAGUUGGAUAUCAACUUGGGAAUUUACAAAAACAUAAUUAAAAGGUGAUUUGAAAGUUUAAGCACAUUAUUAUGAAGAUGGUAAUGUUCAAUUAAAAAAUGUAAAUACAUUUUCAGAAGGAAUCAAUGUAGAUUUGUCAGCUGCUAGUGAAAGUGCCAAAUAAAUUGUUCAUACAAUCUCUAAAUUAGAAAAUAAGCAUUAAGCAGGAAUGGAUAAUUUAUAUAAUUCUAUGCCUGACAUUUUCUUUAAAGCUAUGAGAAGACCCUUACCAAUUACAGGUACAAAGAUGAAUUGGAAUGAAAAUGUUCACAAAUUAGUAGCAAAUUUGAAGUAAUGAAA